AUGGCUCCUACUGGUGAUGCACCGGCCUCGUCCGCUCCAGGUGUUGCGGGUGCGCACGGGAAGAAUCCGGUCACUCCUAAGACGCUCUUCAGUGGCGUGAAUGGUCCUUUCAGUGUGGAGGUGAUUCACACGUUAUCGGCUCGUACGUCGGCCCUCAAGCUGGACGACGUGUCGGCGGGAGGGAAGGAGAAUGGCACGGUUAAGCCAGCUGCUGCUGGAAGCUCGUCGUCGGCGCCAGAUGUGUUGGACAAAGGCAAGGCAAAUGUGCAGGACAAGGAUACCGAAGACGGUUACCUCAGUGACGACCCGGACGAGUGCCAGGACCCGGAGACGCUCAACGAAAUCGCUGCGCAGGUGGGGUUCGCCAUCACGCCGUUGAUCCUGUUCGCCUGGAGCAAGGAAGUCCCUUGCACCAUCAACACGGUUCGGCACCUGCUGCUGCUGUGGGGAAAGCAUCUCUCAGAGAAUGUCAGAGACACGACCAAGUUCCAGCAGCUGCCGGCUACGUACCUGUCCAAGAAGCAUUUCGGCCGGAUGCAGGUGGUUUUCUUGCAAGCGGUUGAUGCGAACUUCGUUUGGAGUCGAGAGGUGGAACACUACACGAUGAAUGACAAGAAGCUGACACUUGGCUGGCAGCACCCGGAGAACACCGCUUACCUGAAGGAGCGCGCUCUGCAUCCGGAGGCGAUCGAAGUGCUUCUUAAGGGGGUACCGGCGCUGAUCUCACCGGAGAUGGUCCGGAAGAAUCUGGUGACUGCGCUUUUGAUGAAGCGGGGUCGCACGGCUUUCCGCGAGGGUUCGGCGUUCCAUAGGGUCCUGGAUCCUGUUUCGGGGUCGGACACGUAUAAGAUCAGGGGCCUGGUCUACAGGCAUCCCGGGGAUAAGUGGUUGCAGCAGCGAACUUCCGAGCUGAUCUCUGUGCCGCCUCCCCCCCGAGCAGCUGCUUCCCUGAAGCUGUCAGCGGCGACGAAGACCAUGAUGGCGGAUCCGGCGAUUGCCCUAACCUCGGUGGGAGGGGUCCGGGAGGAGUGGACCUGUGUGCAAGAGGAGUGCGGGAAGGCUCAUGACACCAAUUUCGAACAGGCUGUGGAACACGCUCAGUCGGUUCGCCACUGCACUGGUUUGCUCAAGGCGGGUGCUGCAAUGCGUCAGAGCAGGGGGGAGCAGUGCCUGGCGGAUGUCUGGAAGGAGUACGGGAAGUAA